ACGCUGGAUGAAGUGACCCACCAUCCACACAAGAGGGGGACUUCUGGAUUUAUGUUUACGGCCCACCUUUCCUGAGCUCACCCCGUUCGAGACCUCCGUCCCCGGUCGGAGGUGCAGUUCUCCGGGGACGUGGUGCUGCAGCCGGUUGACUCCGCCCCCCCUUCGUGGUUGGUUAGCAUAGCAUAGCAGCUAGCCUUUUAGCCUCUUUUCGUCCAAAUUUUUGCAUGGGUGGUCUCGCAGGACAGACACGCCGGAGCCUGCGCGGCUGUUGACUUCUCUAUAAAGUUUAUUUUUGAUGGAGAAGUUGGAGCUGGGCGGUGGACCAGCAGCGGAUUGACCAUGGACACCGUGUCCAGCCACAGCUCCUACCUCCUGCAGCAGCUCCAGGAGCAGCGGAUCCAGGGUCUGCUCUGUGACUGCAUGCUGGUGGUCAAAGGUGUCUGCUUCAAGGCCCACAAAAAUGUCCUGGCCGCCUUCAGCUCCUAUUUCAGGUCGUUAUUCCAAAACUCCCCCAGUCAGAAGAACGAGGUGUUCAACUUGGUCAUCCAGGAUGUCAGUGGCAUCGGACAGACAUUGGACUACAUGUACACCUCCCACCUUGACAUCAACCAAGAUAAUGUCCAAGCACUCCUGGACAUUGCUCAGUGUUUGCAGGUUCCAAAUGUUCAGAGCAUGUGCAACGCGUUCCUCAAGCCGUGUCCUCCACCGGUGGAGAUCGCAUCGUUUUCUCUUCCGGGCAUGCUGAGUUCUGAGCACGACUGCCUCUUGGGGAGCAGUCUUCCCCAUGAUGUUGACCUCCACUGUCCCUCUGAAACCCAGAGGCCUGGCUUUAGCAGUGAUGUGGACCACACCAAAAGGUUGCCUGUUUCUGUGCCCAAUAGCGGCUCAAACUGCAGCGCGCAGGCACCUGUAGAAAAACAGCUCGUCCACGGCUACAAGCUGCGUAACUUCUAUAGUAAGCAGUACUUCAAACAGAGUGCACUCCAGAUCAGCAGUGCAGCCUUAAAUCCCGGCCCGUGCCCUCUGGUGCUGGUGGAAGAGCAGCCGUGUCAGCUCGGGGUCAGCCACACUCCCGUAUGCUCAGGGAACUCCGUGCAGCCCAGUCCCCCCUGCACACCUGUGGCAGUCGAAAAGCACCCCGUCUCUUCUUUAACGCCCUCGGAUAACUUGAACACCCCCAACGCCAACUCGGAAGACUCCACGCUCGACAAGCCUGUGCGCCCAAAGAAGUCCGUGUACCUGAAGAAAUACAACUACCUCCGAUCUCAGAAGGCGUUGGAGGAGAUGUUUGCUGAAGCGGUGAGCGACCCCGUCCUCAGCGGUCCCAAGGAGAUCCCCCAGGAAGAGUCUGUGGUCCAGACCGAAGCUUCAGAAGCUCCCGCUGAGGGCCUUAACCCAGACAGGGAGCCGGUGACAGAGACCGCAACAGAUGUGCAACUUCCCAGUCCUCCACCGGUGAACCAAGAAGAACCCGAUCUGAAAGCCGUGCCGGAGCCACCGCAGCAGGUGGGAAACAAGCAGUACUGUUGUGAGGAGUGCGGCAAGAUCUUCAAGCACCCGAGCAAUCUGGAGCUGCACAAGCGCUCGCAUACCGGUGAGAAGCCCUUUCAGUGUAAUGUUUGUGGCAGAUAUUUCUCGCAGGCUGGAAAUUUACAGACACAUUUGCGGCGACAUUCUGGAGAGAAACCGUACAUCUGUGAGUUAUGUGGUAAAAGCUUCACUGCAUCAGGGGAUGUCCAUCGUCACAAAGUGGUCCACACGGGAGAGAAGCCACAUCUGUGUGACAUCUGCGGUCGAGGGUUCAACAACUUGAGCAACCUCAAGGAGCACAAGAGGACGCACACCACAGACAAGACCUUCACGUGUGACCAGUGCGGGAAGUCCUUCAACACGCACAGAAAGCUUCUGAAGCACAAGGCGCGUCACGCCGGGGAAAAACCACACAGCUGUGCCACAUGUGGGAAAUGCUUCAUCGGCUCCGGGGACCUGCAGCGUCACAUCCGGUCCCACACCGGGGAGAAACCCUACAUCUGCAACGCCUGCGGAAAGAGCUUCACGCGCUCCGCCAUGUUGAGGAGACACGGCAACAUGCACUGCAGGGGGGCUCCGGCCGACGGCCCCGUCGCGGACAACUCUUCGCCUCCCCGUGGCUCGGAGGGGGGGGCCGCGGUCCCCAAACCCGUCGGCCGCAGGAAGCGUCCCGCCGCCACCGGCGAGCAGCGUUUCCCCGGCGCGUUGCCCCACGCGGGGUUAGAGAAACUGUCGCCGACGACUACUCCGCCACCGCGUGUGGAGACUCCGCCUCCCAGCAUGCACCUCAGCCCAGCCUCUACCCCCACCCGCCUCCCAGAGCUGCGCUCCCUGGUACCCCAUCACCUCCUCUCCUCCAACCACCAGGAGAGGGGCGCCGACCACGCGAAGCUCGCCAAACCCCACCUGCCUCCGGAGGUUGUGUACGGCCCGUACGUGGAGAACGGCGACAUGUCGGUGGAGAUGGGCAGAGGUCACUGCGGUGCCCUCUCCUCCUCCAGCAGGCCCAGCAGUGGCUCCUACAGGUCCACUGAAGGCCAGUUCAUCUCCAGUGUGACUCUGUGGGGCCUGGCCAUGAAGACGCUGCAGAACGACAACGACAUGGAGCAGUAGUGCGUCCCCCUGAUAGUUAGUUAAACGGGUGCUCAGAUGUCUCCCAAAGCAAAUAUGAUUUAUUCAUAACUGGAGAUGUUUUAUUCACCACGGCUCCAAAUCAAAAGCGAGAGCUUCCAAGUUUAUUUUAUUAAAUGAAAGAAACGUGUGAAUCUGAGAAAAUCUAGAUAAUUGCUUCAACUGCUCUUAAGACCUCCGAUGCGGUUGCUCUUCUGGCCCCAGACGUCACAGCAGGUGGGCUCCUUCAGAUUAAAUACAGAGACCGUAAAUACAGAGACCGUAAAUAUAGAGACCGUAAAUACAGAGACCCCGUAAAUACAGAGACCGUAAAUACAGAGACCCCGUAAAUAUAGAGACCGUAAAUACAGAGACCUCUCAUGUCUGAACUGUAAACACGGCACUUUGUAUAUACUGCACUGCACUUUAAAAUCUAUUUUCAACUAUCAAGUGUUAAAUGUGGCUGUGUUAUAUUCAUAUGAGAAUAAAAUCUGUACAUUAUA